GGUAUCUCAGCUGUUUCUACACCACAGAUCCUUUGUAGACCAUCACCCCGGAAUCAAUGCUAACAUAUUAUCUUCGACUUUUGCUAUAGUGAUCAUAUCAAGAAGAAUAUGUCCUCAAUCAAGCCCCUCAUCUUGCACGCCCAUUCAACCGGUCCCAACCCCAUCAAGGUCGCCAUAGCGCUGCAGUACCUGCAAGUACCAUACGAAGUCAAGCAAUGGCAAUUUGGCGAUGAUGCCGAAAAUGGAGUAAAGGGAACCAAGUUUUUGCAAAUCAACGAGAACGGACGUGUUCCCGCCCUAGAGGACCCCAACACCGGCGUCGUCUCAUGGGAAUCAGGCGCUUGCAUGAACUACGUUCGACGCGUAUACGACAAGGCUGGAAAGUUAGGCCCCGUUAGCAAUGCGGAACAGGAUAUUGUUGAUUUCGAAAAGUGGGAGUACUUCCUGCUCACCACUCUCGGGCCAAUGUUGGGUCAGACGAACUGGUUCCGGUAUGUAUCUGUCCUUCAGAGCUUGAAAGAACGAUACUAAAAGCUGUAGCCACUACAAUGCGACCAAGAAUGAGGAUGCGCUGGGAAGAUAUGUUGCCCAGAGCUAUCGGUGCUUCGAUGUUCUUGAGAAGCACCUCGAAAAGACAUCCGGAGAGAGCAUUUUGCCAGACAAAGUGACAGCCGUUGAUUACCAUUUCGAGCCGUGGGUUAGACAGUACGCCUUUGCUGGUCUUUCUUUGGACAAAUACCCGAACAUUGAAAAAUGGCUCAAGGGAAUGACUGGCCGUGAGGAGGUCAAGCAGGCAUACGUCAGCGUCAAGGGUGCUGCUCCGCAGUGAAUCGCUAGAGAAAAGAUCAAUGACUUAUGGUUCUCAUGGAAGUAGGCGAAGGGGAUCUUUUCUAAUUUCUUUCACUCUGGAUCAAAACAACGUAAUGUUCUUAGCAAACAACGAAGAUUGUACCUAAAACCUGCAUUGCGUAAAACCAGGCAGGUAUGCUAUUCCCG